UCCGCCCCAGCUUCCUAUUGGCUGUAGCGGCGGCGCAUGCGCGCUCGGGUCGGCGGGCGUGGCUCGGCGGGACGGCCGGCCACGCGCGCGCAGCGCUUGCCCGCCCUGGGGGGCCGGCGGCAUGCGGAGGUUUCUGCUGCUCUACGCGACGCAGAAGGGGCAGGCCAAGGCCAUCGCGGAGGAGAUCCGAGAGCGAGCCGCGGCGCAGGGCUUCUCGGCAGAGCUGCACUGCCUCAGCGAGUCUGGCAAGUUCGACCUGAGGACCGAGCGCGCCCCCCUCGUGGUGGUCGUCUCCACCACGGGCACCGGAGACCCCCCGGACUCGGCCCGCGCUUUCGUCAGGGACAUCCAGGACCAGAGCCUGCCCGCCGACAGCCUCUCGCACCUGCGCUACGCGCUGCUGGGGCUGGGUGACUCGGAGUACACCUACUUCUGCAACGGCGGCAAGAUCAUCGACCGGCGGCUGCAGGAGCUCGGAGCCCGGCACUUCUAUGACACCGGGCACGCGGACGACUGCGUGGGCCUAGAGCUCGUGGUCGAGCCGUGGAUCGCCGGGCUUUGGGCCGCGCUGUCGGAGCACGUCAUGUCUGGCGGAGCAGAGGAGAUGCCCGGGGGUCUCCCGGCGCCGGACACCCCCUCCCAGGACGCGUCGGGCCUCGCGUCGCGGCUGCAGCUUCUCAGCGUGGGCGAGGCGCGGGGGGAGGACCUGGGGCCUCCGGACCCCCCGGCGGCCGCCGCUGCCCCACCCGAGGCCUCGCUGGCCCGCUCGGUGCCGCCGCUAUCGCUGGCCGAGCUCACGGUGCCCGCCCUGCCCCCCGCCUACCUCCAGGUGCGGCUGCAGGAGACUCCGGGCCAGGAGGAGAGCUCAGCACCGGUGACAGUGACAUCGAGUCCGGUGUUCCGGGUCCCGAUUACGAAGGCGGCUCAGCUGACGGCCAGUGACGCAGUGAAAACUGCCCUCAUGGUGGAAGUGGACAUCGCGCAGGCGGACUUCUCCUACCAGCCCGGGGACGCCGUGGACGUCCUCUGCCCCAACGGCGAGGCCGAGGUGCAGAGCCUGCUGCAGCGGCUGCAGCUGGCCGGCCGGGCGGAGCACCGCGUCCUCCUGGAGCUCAGGGCCGACACCCGGAAGAAAGGCGCCACCUUGCCACCGCACGUCCCCGCGGGCUGCUCGCUUCGGGCCCUCCUGACCUGGUGCGUGGACAUACGGGCGACCCCGAAGAAGGCGUUCCUGCGGGCCCUGGCGGACUGCACCGGCGAUGAGGCCGAGAGGCGCCGGCUGCAGGAGCUGUGCAGCCGGCAGGGCGCGGCCGACUACGGGCGCUGGGUGCGGGACGCGGGCGCCGGGCUCGGGGACCUGCUGCGGGCCUUUCCGUCCUGCCGGCCGCCGCUCGAGCUACUGCUGGAACAUCUCCCGAAGCUGCAGCCCCGGCCGUACUCCUGCGCCAGCUCCAGCCUGCGCCGGCCCGGGCGGCUCCGCUUUGUCUUCAACGUGGUGGAGUUCGCGUCCGGGGCCUGGGCGGGGGCCGUGCGCCGGGGGCUGUGCACCGGCUGGCUCGCGGGCUUGGUGGGCCCCAUGCUGGCGCGCGACGGAGCAGGCGGCGGGGGAGCCCCGGCCCCCGAGAUCUUCAUCUCUCCCCGAGCUGCCAACGCCUUCCGCCUCCCGCAGGACCCCUCUGUCCCUGUCAUAAUGGUGGGCCCGGGAACCGGCGUAGCACCCUUCAUCGGCUUCCUGGAGCACAGGGAGAAGCUGCAGGAGCAGCUCCCCGAGGGACCCUUCGGCGCCACGUGGCUGUUUUUCGGCUGCAGACACCGCGAGCGGGAUUACCUGUUCAGAGACGAGCUCCGGCGUUUCCAGAAGCUCGGCGUCCUCACGCACCUGCACGUGUCCUUCUCGAGGGACGCGCCUGCGGACGGGGAGGCGGCGCCCGCGCGCUACGUGCAGGACCACCUGCGGCGGCAAGGCGCCCAGCUGGCCCACGCCCUCCUGCAGGAGCGUGGCUGCAUCUACGUGUGCGGCGACGCCAAGAACAUGGCCCGGGACGUGAACGAGGCCCUGGUGGAGGUCCUGAGCCGGGCGGCGGGGCUGACCAGCCUGCAGGCCCUGGACGCGCUGGCCACACUGCGGGAGGAGCGGCGCUACCUGCAGGACGUCUGGGCGUAGGCGGGGGCGAGGCCGAGCGAGGGACGGGCCGGGCUCGGGUGGGGGGGGGGGGCGGCGCUUCCGGACGCGCCCAGGAGUCGCUCGUCGGGGACCCAGCUGCUGCCGCCGCGUGUCCACCCCAGGCCUGGGCCCCCUGCGCCGGGACCCUCCGUCCAGGCUGCGGUGGACGCCCUACCGGCUCCGGGCGCUGGCACAGGCGCACAGAACGCGCCGUCCUGCACGUGGGAUCGCCGGGAGGAAGGUCCGUGUGCGUGUGGGUAAUGGACAAGCACGCCCCGCCCGGCGACCACGCGUCCACACGUCCACGGAGCCGCAGCAGAUGAUUAUUUAUUGCCAAGAUUAUUUCUGAUAAAAAUAUAUUUUAAGCUACUCUCGU